AUGGAUGAGACAAUUUUGUCGAUUCAUUCCCAAGAUAACAGUUGUGUGCCCAUUCAAUUCUUGGUGUCACAAGACAGUCCGUCUAUUCUUGGAUUGAUGGUGAUGAGAACGCUGGGACAUUCCUUAUCCCUACAUACCAACGAACUGAAAUCCGAUACAACUGAGGAAGUUCGAAAGCUGGUAAUCCGAUGUACUGAGAAUGCGAGAGGAAUGAGCGUUCCUGAGGCAGUUUUGGAGGUCGACGGUGAACCCGUAUCCCUGAAAAGGGGUGUCUUACCAUAUGGACAACGCGAAGGUGUGCUGAAUGCGAUCGAUCGCAUGAAGACUGUUGUCAUUUCCAGCGUGACGUCAUUAACAUGGGAAACUCCUAUUGUUGUCGUGAUGAAAAGUGAUGGCGAACUCCGAGGAUAUGUGGUGAUUAUCGAUUGA